AAAAAAAAAAAAAAAAAAAAAAAAGAAAAAAAAAUUAUUUCAUUGUAUUUCUCUCUCCGACAUUUGUUAUUCUUUUCUUUCACUUUUUUUUUUUUUAUUAUUUCUCAUAAAACAAAUGAAUAAACAUAGAUUACAUUACUCCUACUGUGGAAUUUGGUCAAGGAGAACUUAUGAACCUUCUUUCUCCAUACGAUGGCUCUCAAGUAUCUUCUUCUAGUCCAACAACUACUCUACCAUCAUUUGGAAGGUUGUCAUCUCCAACCUCACAAGGAUUACCAAAAGCUGUAUCAAUGCCUGAAAUGCAUAAACCACAAACCGCAGAAGACGUACAAACUUCCUAUAAUGUCAUGCUUCAAAGUACCAUUCCGCCAUCUAGAACGACUACACUACAACAACAACAACAACAACAACAACAACAACAACAGCAGCAGCAGCAACGGCAGCAGCAACAGCAAGCUAGCUCUACCAGCUUGAAUUUUAACCAACCUCAACUUAUGCCACGAUCCUAUUCAACUCCUUUUCCUACUUCACAACAAUCUACCACUUAUUACAACAAUAGUAACCAGAAUUAUGCAAGUGGAACAUAUGGUACAAUGGGAUACCCAUCUUAUCCAGCUACGACAGAUACGUAUAUGCAACAACCAAGUACCUCGUCAACAAUAUAUGGCUCUACUAGUUUUUAUCAUCCAGAACAACCACCAUCUUAUGCUUAUAGUGGACAACCAUCUUAUAAUAUAGGUCAACAACCAAGUACUGCAGCUCCUUUGACGCCUCCUUUACAACAAAAGCGAUUACAAGGUCAACCACCACCGAUGCCACUAGCAAAAAGUACAUCAGUACCUAGCAACGUUACAGAUAUUCAUCAAGUAGGUCAUCCAUUUGCUGGUCUGGUCAGUAGGCCUCAAUUAAAUAUUCACAACGAUUUGAUGGAUGCAACAAGGAACUGGACACAAAAGGAAUGGGAAAUGAGACGACGUGUAUUAAGAUUCUGGAGACAACAACAACCAAAUACUCAACAGAUCGAUUGUGGAUUUGAAAUUUUAGAUGAAGAAAGCUAUCGAGCACAACGUACACAACAACAACAACAACAACAACAUGGUGACAUGGAGGUAACAGGGUCAUCACCAACAACAUCAUCAUUAUACAAUUACAAAGACAAUUUGGUGGUAUCAUGUAUCUUUUGGCAAGAGCGAAAUGAUUAUUUUAUCACAUCAGUGGAUUGUAUACAAUUGAUUGAAGGUUUGAUCGGUGUGGAAUUCACAGUGGAAGAAAAGAAUAGAAUCCGUCGCAACCUGGAAGCAUUACGACCCCUGACAGCAGCUAAAACUAGACCAGAAAGUGUUGAUUUUUUUAGAUUGAUCAUGGGAUUCCCUGCACCAAAACCACGCAAUAUCGAAAAGGAUGUCAAGGUAUUCUUAUGGUCUACUCUUGGUCCGGCUAUCAAGAAGAUCAUUGGCAAAUAUACUCCAAGUUAUAGCAGCACCGCUAGUGUCGUCAAUUAUGAUGUCUCCUCUUCUACAGCUCCUUUACAACAACAUAAUACUUCUACACCACGAUUAUCUCGAUCAUAGAAUUAAUAGAAUAGUUAUUGAACUUUUUUUUUUUGAUUCUUUUGUUAAUAAUAAUUUUAAUAAAAACAUUUUUAUAGUCAUUUU